AUGGAUGAAGCAUCACAAAAGUCAUUUUAUGAUGAUGAUCUUCAAGUGGGUGGAUUAACAUCGAAUGUUUUAGGAAAACUGAAGGAGGAAAAGCAGCUCGCCUUUAAGAGCGGCAGCGAGCAACUGAUAGAGAGAACAUCGGAAUCAAUCAGUCAUGAAAAACGUGGAAACGAUCAAUCUGAAUGUACAGUCCCUGUUUAUGAUGAGCAAAUAUGCCAAUUAGAAACACCUCAAGUUACGACAGAUCACGCAACAUUAUCCAUGUCAAAUUCUCUGGCUCAAGAUCGAAGAACAGUUACACCCGCAGGGUUACGCGCUGAAAUGCUGAUGAUAGAGCAGGGGGCAGAUCCACGUGAACUUCCCGCCAAGUUAACUGUUACCUGCUCAAAAGACAACUUCGAGUGUAGCGAAGAUAACGCGGGAAAGAAAUCAGUCGCCGUGCAACCUGGAUACUACUUUGAUUGGAAAGUCUGUGGGAAGUUUGAACAUGAUCUGAUAAACAAAGCGUCAGUUGUUUGGCCACCCAUCGGAAUCAAGUCACCAGCAAUGGGGACUAAAGCUACAUACCGACCCACGAUAUCAUUCUUUGCUAUGGUUGAAGAAGCUCAUCUGCUACCUAUGGAAAAAAUCGAGCAAAUUAAGAAUCAGUUCCACAGUAAGCAUUCAGAUCAAGAUCCCAGAGUCCUGAAGAGAAAGAGCCCUGUUCACGAGAGAAUAUGCUUACGUGCUAAAAAGUUCGGCAAAAUGGACUUAGACGAUGACACAGACAAUUUCACCGAGGAUCACCAGCUCUUUUCCCAAGAAGGAACGAGUUCUGAUUGCAGCCUUGGUCCUCACGUUGGCCUUGAUCAAGAGGUACCCAUUCAGCAUGAAGACGGAAACUCCAAGGAAAAGGCAAAGGGAAUGUCAGACGGACAACUGCCUCGAAAUAUGUUGAUGAAAGUAAGCUCUUUCAACAAAGGACCACUGCCUGACUCCGAAGAGAACCGACUAACCUGUCAGAGUUCACAGGCAGACCCCUAUCUGAUUGAAAAAGCGCCAUAUUACGGUGUAAACACCGUAGAAACGUGCACUGAAUCGCUUUGCCCAAAAUUGGCCAAGCAAAGUUGCUUCCCCGGAAAUGAUGAAAAAAGUUCAAAGGAAACAAUCUUAUUUGGAUGUACUGUAGCUGAAGUAUUGUCAACGUGCGCGAAGUUUCAAUGUGGUCACUCAUGCCUCGCGGCCGACCACCCUGAGGGCAACUCAGAACCAGCAGAGAAAGAACAUGUACUCAACAUCAUCAACGAUGACUCAACUAAUGUUCAGUUAUAUAAAGGGUCCAAUAGCUUGCAUGAAUUUAACCACGACUUCUCAUGCCAGUAUCCCCCACUAGCCCAGAGAAUGUCCAUCGACACGUGCUCGUCUCUUCGUGCAAUAGGUGAAAAUGACCUGAUAACAAACGUUAGCUUUGAUGACAUGGAUGUCAGUCCGUUACGUUCGGGAAGAGAUUUAUUGAAAGGAAAAAUGCAGGUGUUGCACGAACGAGAAGAGGUCAUUGACUGGAUGAGCCGCAGAACUGUGGUAGCGGAAGACCGACCUUUUAAAGGUUUAGAGCGCUUUUCUCCGAUCUCAGAGAACAGCUUCAACCAUUGUACUCUUUUGCAUUCUGAAUGUUUUGACAAAGUCAGACUGGAUGACUUUCCAGACAACUCCUUGAAUAUCCAACCCGUCUCCCUCAUAGGAAAAGCACGAAACCAAACUAAAAAGGUUUGUGAGGGCAACCCUGAGAAAAUUUUGAUCACUGGUGUCCCAGUGGACUCGGAAAAAAUGGAUUGCCCUCAGGACAUUUGUGAUCAAACAAGUAUAGAAAACAUGGAAACGGAAGAAGUUGCAGCCAACCGAGGAAUAAAGAUAACGAAAAAUUAUCCUAGUAAAGUAAAUGCCAAUCAGAUCACAACCGCUCGAGCUCCAAAUGACAAACAAGGGAUGGCAAAUUUGAGAACAGGAGAUGACCACCCAUCAAUGGAAAGUAAGGACGACGCGGGAGAAUUCAAUUUUGGUCAUCAAAAAGAUCAACGUCUUGAAGCCGCUUCAGAAGAGAUAAAAGAUGAGAAGGAAAGCGAUCACUUUCGAGCCGAAAUCGAAAGGGGGAUGAUGAAAUUGGAUGGCCCUGAGCUACUUCAUUUUGCCAUGAUUUUUGUUAAAGGAGCUUUGGAAAAAUCUCAGAUUGUACCUAGCUGCAACGGAGAGUUCGAAAGCGAAAAGCGGAGUAAGAACAUGCGCCAAACAACAUCUGCGUUUUCAUGGAAAAAUGACAUCCUUUAUCAAAAUCAGCAGGCAAAAGCCUCUGAACUUAUAGAGAACGACGCACCAAUUACAGGACAAGCAGACAUCGAAUUCGAAGAGAAUGGUGACGGCAUAGAAGUUGAAUAUAAAGAAGGAACACCAUUUCUGGUUAGACCUUUACCGAAGACUUCCAGCAACCGCCCCCUUCGACUCGGAUUGUCCAGAAUAUAUAGAUGUAAAUCAUUACAUCCUUGCCUCAAGACGAACUUUGAAUGA